UACACGAAAAAGGGGUCCAAGGGUUGGAUUAGUCGAAAGUUUAGAAAAGCGUCUUCAACAAAUGGAGAAACUUUUACAACCCCUUAAGGAGCAAGGACUUGUGGAUGAUUCCGAAGAUCAACCACUUAGUCCUUUAACUAAAAAAACUCGUUUUAAUUCUACUGACUCUAAUACAAGUAACGACGACCUUGAUGAUCAAUUAAAUUCUGAGCCGAAUUCUUCGACCACAUCAACAAUGCCUAGAUUUCAACAACAAUCUCGAGAGUUCAUGACUUCAACUACAAAAACUCAAGUUUCCACACCAUUACCCCAAUUUAAUAGACCAACGUCUAGCGGUCAUAAUGCACAAGCAGAAUCCACUGACGCAUUUUCUCAGCCUUUACGGCCACAACAAAAUCAACUUAGAAAUAAGAAUGGAUCACCAAUGAAUGAAUCGAUAAAAGAUGAUCGUAACUCGUCGAAUAGUCCACAUAUAAAAAUAGAAGAAUCGUGUGAUUAUCUAUUUUUUGGCAAUACUGCGGUGCAUCCAGGAUAUAAAAAGAGAUGCCCUCAAAACCCCUCAGCUUCA